UGCCGGUAGCCGGCGCGGCCCCCGUGCGGUCUUCUUGCUGCUGCUGCUGCUGCUGCUGUGCAUGGUUCGCGGCCAGGAGGCGCACAAGUGCGCGCUGCCAUGCGAUUGCCCCACGGACCCGCCCGCUUGCGCGCCCGGCGUGCCAACCGUGCUGGACGGCUGCUCCUGUUGCCUGACCUGCGCUCGGCAGCGAGGCGAGAGCUGCUCCGACAGGAUGCCCUGCGACGAGAGCAGCGCUCUCUACUGCGACCGCGCGGCGGGCACCGAGCCGGACUUUGGGGUCUGCAUGGACCUUGAAGGAGACAACUGUGUGUUUGACGGCAUUAUUUACCGGAGUGGUGAGACGUUCCAGCCAAACUGUAAAUACCACUGUACAUGCCAAGAUGGGCAAAUAGGUUGCGUGCCCCGCUGUAACCUGGACUUGUUGCUUCCUGGCCCUGACUGCCCCUUCCCAAGGAAAAUUGAAGACCCCAAGGAGUGCUGUGAGCAGUGGUCAUGUGACCCGAAAGAAGAUGCUGAUGUGGGAGAUCUUGCCCUGGCAGCAUACAGACCUGAAGCCACCCUUGGAACGGACUCCUCAGAUUCAAGUUUGAACUGCAUCGAGCAGACAACAGAAUGGAGUGCGUGCUCCACGAGUUGUGGAAUGGGCUUCUCCACUCGGGUCACCAACAAGAAUCCAGCAUGCGAGAUGGUGAAGCAGACCAGGCUCUGUGAGGUGCGGUCAUGUGAGAAGAGUCAACCACCAGAUAAGAAGGGCAAGAGGUGUAUCCGGACGAAGAAGUCCCCAACAGCUGUCCACCUGGAGUAUAAGAACUGCACUAGCAUCCAGAUGUAUAAGCCCCGCUACUGUGGCGUCUGCAAUGAUGGCCGAUGCUGUACUCCUCACACCACCAAAACCAUCGAAGUUGAGUUCCGUUGUCCGCAAGGCAACGUCAAGCAUCCUGUGAUGUCCAUCACCUCCUGCGUUUGCCAUGCCAACUGCCCUCAGGAAAACAAUGCUGUCUUUAGAAAGCUCAGUUGAGCAGGCUGAUCAGGGUGCUGGGACUGACCACUGCAAGGGGGGAAACAAGUCAUGCAGAAAAUAAAUGGGAGAGUUGGCUUAUGGGAAAUCUGAACAUCUAAACUGGAGAUAUCUAACUAGGUGAUACUUGCGGGGUGGAGGGGGGAUCGCAGCAGUCUUGGGGAUAUUCAUGGGAAUGCUGGAUUUCCAGAUUGAAUCUAAUUCUGUCUCUAUAAGGGCACUAUUUUAGCCCUAUCUAGACAGAAACUACUGUCCUCCAACUCCAGGCAUUUCUCAGCCAGUUGGCUGGAGCAUACUGGAAGUUGUAAGGGUUCUUGUGCUCUAAACAUGCAUAGGAUUGUGCCCUAAGUGUCUUGGUUCCUGGGAAUUCCUAGAAAUCUUUGCUUGUUCCGAGUACUGUGCCUACAUCCGAAUUUUCCCAUAGCAGGCCCAAUGUUUUUUCUUCAUUACUAAAAUAAAGUUUUCUUGGAAACUGCAGGCACUACACCUGUAAUCAGCUUCAUGUUUCAGCUCAUCUCAAGUUAUAUUUCCAUGUUCUUCCUGAAUGAGCUCUUUGUAAGCUCCCUGGGUAAGAUAUUUGUAGUCUAAGUGGCCUCAACCUGCCAUACCAGUAACAACCAGGAGUUUGGCACAGACUGUCUGCAGCAUAGCAGGCUGAGGUUAGUAUACUGAUACAGCAAAGAGACCUAGGCAAGAGACCUCAUUGAGAAAGAAAGCCUGUCUCCUGUAAUGACACAAAGCAAGCACACUUUUGCAGAUUAAGUUGGGAAGAGCCUGCCCCUCUUUUCGUUCACACUCCUGGCCACUCACUUGGCACCAUUGUGUCAAAAGCUAGGAAGAUUAAGAGGCAGCAAAGCAAUGCAUUCAGUGUCUCUUGAGCAUGGCACCAUCUUGGUGACUCUCAGGGCUAUGGGGAAAGGACUGUGGAAUGAGAGGAGAUACUAUAUGAGUCUUUGCGUUCCACAUCAUGGCUAGACCAACAAUGACUGUGUGUGUUCAGGUCAAGAUUGGAGCCCCCCCCCCCCUCCUCGGCAUGUGAGCUGGACUCGUGGAUGUUUCCAUAUGUCCUGUUGAAAGGGACAUCUUUUGAAAGUAGGUCACAGCAGGGCAGGAAUAGCAGGCCUAAAUAUGUAGUGCACUGAAAUUUCCUCAUGUGCACUCAAAGCUGCUGCUGUAAUGGUCAUGUGAAUUUAACUCCUGAGAUGUGUUCUGCUUGAAAUAUGACUGUUGUAGACAGGAUAUGAGUGGGAAUCGUCCAGGCAGUAGCCCCAGUUCUCUACAAUACAGUUUAAUUAUAGUUUGUGUGCAGUGCUGAAGCUUGUGGACUGACAGUUCUCUUGGAGAGAAAGCAAACCAUGUAAAUCUUUAAAAGUAGAGCUGUAUUUUAUAGAAAUGACAAUGUAAAUAGAAAACGUGCAUAGCAGAAUCCUAUUUUUCUGUAAAGUUCAAGUGUUACUGAAUAAACUAUUUGAAG